UGGCAACAUUGGCCACAGGGGCGGUUCUCCCGCCAUGAGGUAUAUAAUGCGCGCCGCUGCAAUGCCGCUCUGGUAGGCGGUCCAUGUUGUUGUGUUUUGGCGUCUUCUGAUCGGCAUGAACUCGUUCGUCUUCUAGAGGAUCGAUACUCACUGUUUAUCGCCCCACAUCCACCUCCAGAUGAUUGACACGGAACGGAGGCCCGCCCCCGGGCAGGCGAAGCACGCAGACCCCGAGGGAAAGACCAAGGAGAGUGAGAAGAAGAAGAGGCCUCGGGUCAAACAGCUGCUGGCCGACAUCAAGAAGCAGGUUGAGUUCUGGUUCGGGGACGUCAAUCUGGGCAAGGACCGCUUCAUCAAGCAGCUCAUCACUGACUCGGCGGACGGAUAUGUGGAUAUUUCUGUGUUGACGACGUUCAACCGAAUGAAAAAGCUGACGAUGGACACCAAGCUCAUCGCCCGGGCGCUGAAGAACUCCACCAUCGUCGAGGUCAACCUAGAGGGGAAUAAAUUAAGACGGCAACAGCCCAUCAGGGACACGGACAAGAACGUGGACGGCUGCACCGUCUAUGUGGAACUUCUGCCGAAGAGCGUGACUCACGACUGGGUCGAGAAGGUGUUCGCCAAAUGCGGAAAGGUGGUGUACAUCAGCAUCCCGCGGUACCCGAGUACCAAGGACCCCAAGGGCUUUGCCUUCGUGGAGUUUGACAAAGAGGAGGAGGCGCAGAAAGCCAUCGAGCUCCUGAACAACCCCCCCGAGGACGCCCCCAGAAAGACGGGCAUGUUCCCCAAGAUCAGAAACAAAAAGGGCGUCGUCAUCCAGGCGGACGACCCGCGGCCCCUCCCAGGGGAGGAAGAGGAGAAGAAGAAGCAGAAGAAGAAGAAGAAAAAGAAGGAGAAGGAGGUGGCGGCCGCACGGGUGGAGGAACCCGGGGAGCCGAAGGAGAAGCUGAAGGAGGAGGAGACGGAGCCGCAGCCCCCCAAGGGGAAGAGGAAGCGGUCGGAAGGCGAGGCGCCGGAAGACCCCGCCCGGAAGGAGAGCGCUCCGGAAGACCGCGCCCGGAAGGAGAGCGCUCCGGAAGACCCCGCCCGGAAGGAGAGCGCUCCGGAAGACUCCGCCCGGAAGGAGAGCGCUCCGGAAGACUCCGCCCGGAAGGAGAGCGCUCCGAAAGACUCCGCCCGGAAGGAGAGCGCUCCGGAACAGUCCGACAAGAAGAGGCGGCGGUCCCAGGCGGGAGCAGGGGAGCAGGAAGCGGAAGUUGAGGAGGAGAAGCCGGCCAAGCUGAGGAAGACCGGGGAGGAGCAGCAGCAGGAGGAGGAGGAGGAGGAGCAGGAGGAGCGGGCGGGGGCCAGCCAGAUGGACGUGAAAGCGGAGCCCGCUGAGGGCGCGGCGGAGGUCCAGGCGGAGGGGGGGGGGGAGGGCGACGGCUCGCCGCUGAAAGCCAAGAGGAAGCGGAAGAAGAAGAAAGAGAAGAUGGGCGACGAGGUCAUCCCGCUUCGCGUCCUCUCCAAGAAGGACUGGCUGGGUCUGAAGCAGGAGUACCUGGCCUUGCAGAAGCGGAGCAUGGCCUCGCUGAAGAAGUGCAUCACUAAGAUCGACCACCAGGAGCAACCUGGAAAGAAAGUGGCUUUAGUGGAGAAGAAGGUGGGUCCAUCAGAGAAGAAGGUGAUUCCAUUGGAGAAGAUUGAGAAGAUGGAGAAGGAGAUCACUGGACCCCAGUUCACCAGUGGAGUCAUCCUGAAGAUUACCGAUGCCAAACCGCUACCAGGCAGAAAGAUCAUCAAGGACGCCCUCUCUACAAUAUCUACGGUGGCCUACGUGGACAUACUGGAGGGAGACAGUGAAGGACACAUCCGCUUCAAGACCCCCGAGGAAGCCCAGGCCGUCGUCAAGGACCGCUCGGCCGUCGCCAAGGAACACGGCUGGACGCUGGAUCUGCUCUCCGGUGAUCAUGAGCAAAGGUAUUGGCAGAAGAUAUUGGUGGACCGCCAAGUGAAGUUGAACCGUCCGAGGGAAAAGAAACGAGGCACAGAAAAGCUCAUCUCGAAGGCGGAGAAGAUCAUCAUGGCCCGAGCCAAGGAGGCCAACAAGCACAUCCACUUCCAGGAUGUCUGACUCAGUGUGUCGUGUUUCAUCCACUUUGUUUUUUAACAAGUUUUAUUUUGGUAAUCGGCGGAAAGCCAAAGCUAAUUUAAAAACACAAUUUGAUAUAUUAAUGUGAACUUUUUGUGACUCAUGUUUUCAGGGUCGUACAUGUUGUGUAUAUAUAAGGUACAAGGCUGCCUUUGUUGAGAGAGCACCAAAUUCAUGGUUGUUUAAAAGUGAAUUUUUUUUAUAGCAAUAAACAUCAAACAUCAGAUGUA